CACGGCAAAAAACCUCUUGACGCACAGAAAGGCCAAGCCGCGCUCGGACGACGAUGGAAGUGGGCGCGCAUGUAUGGGUAGCCGACGACGAGGCCAUCUGGGCCGCGGCCACCGUGGUCGGCCAGGACGGCGCCGGCCUCACGCUCGUGCGCGACGCGACCGGCGCGCGCGAGACCGUCGUGCUCGUGACCGACAAGGACGGCGUGAGCACGAACGUGCUCUUACGCAACCGCGCCGAGGACGAGGAGCAGAACGCCGAUCUCAUCACGCUUCCGCAUCUGCACGAGGCCUCGAUCCUCCAGGCGCUCUCGAGCCGGUACGACCGCGACGACAUUUACACCAAGAUUGGCGACAUUUUGCUCUCGAUCAACCCGUUCAAGAGCCUCGCCUUGUAUGGCGACGACGUCAUGGGUCGCUACAGCGCGACGUCGCACAUGGGUGACUUUGGCCUCGACGAAGGCCUUCCGCCGCAUCUGUACACGAUCGGGAAGCGUGCGUACCUCGACAUGACGCGCCACGGGCGCAAUCAAGCGAUCCUUAUUAGCGGCGAGUCGGGCGCGGGCAAGACGGAAGCGACCAAGAUCAUUAUGAACUACCUCGCGCGCAUGUCGGCCGGCCUUGACAGCGUCAGCAACGAUGGCCGGCCGUCCAUCGAGUCGCAAGUGCUGCAGUCGAACCCGGUCUUGGAAGCGUUUGGGAAUGCACGCACGGUCCGCAACGACAACAGCAGUCGGUUUGGCAAAUUCAUCGAGGUGCAGUUUACGCCGUCGUCGUCGUCGCACUGCGUCAUUGUCGGCGCCAACAUCCGCACGUACCUCCUCGAGAAAGUCCGCGUCGUGACGCAGUCGCCGACCGAGCGCAACUUUCACAUCUUUUACGAGCUCAUUGCGACCAUGCACGAGCUCCAGCUGCCGCCCAAGAAGCAGCGCAAGAAGAUUUCGCUGCCACAAAUUGACGGCCUCGACCUUCGGCGCAAAUUUCAUGACUGGAACCUCGUACCGCUGAGCGAGUUUGAUUUCCUAAACCAAAGCGGCUGCAUGGAGCGGCGCGACGGCGUCCUCGACAUUGAUCAGUUCCCGAUCACGCUCCAGGCGAUGCGCGACAUUGGUAUUCCCGGCCCGCAGAUGGAAGACAUCUUUGCGGUCGUCGUCGCGGUCCUGCACCUCGGCAACGUGGCGUUCCAUACGACCGACGACUCGGACCCGGCGAUGCGGACAGCGUUCGUCACGGAGGCGUCGCUCGGGCACCUCUACACGGCGGCCAAGCUGCUCCACGUCCCGCCCAUGGACAUGCAGAAGGCGCUGACGAAGCGGUCGAUUCGAACGAACGGCGAGGUCUUUGUCAUGGGCAUGAGCGUGGGCCAGGCCAAGACUGCACGGAACGCGCUCGCGAUGGAAGCGUACAAGAGCCUCUUUGCGUGGCUCGUCGCGCGCGUGAACCAAUCGAUUGCCGGCACGACGGCGGCGACGCACCUGAUUGGGCUCCUCGACAUUUUCGGGUUUGAGAUCAUGGCCAUCAACUCGUUUGAGCAGCUCUGUAUCAACUACGCCAACGAGUCGCUGCAGCAGCAGUUCAACACGUAUGUGUUCAAGACGGAGCAAAAGCUGUACGAAGCCGAGCACAUUGCGUGGGAAUUCAUCGCGUUUCCGGACAACGUGCCGUGCAUCGAGCUCUUCGAGGAGAAGCCCAUCGGCCUCUUCUCGCUCCUCGACCAAGAGUGCCGCGUGCCCAAGGGCAGUGACCGGGCGCUCGCGACCAAGUACUACAAGGAGUUUAACGACAAGAACGCGAUGUUUGCCGCGAGCCCCGCCCACCUCCGCGACGGCCAAUUCACCGUCCUCCACUACGCAGGCCCGGUUGUGUACUCGGUCGACGGCUUCCUUGACAAGAACAAAGACGCGCUUCUCGAGUCGCUCGUGGACCUGCUCGCGUCGGCAGAGAACGGCGUCCUCCAAGAAAUCUACAGCGCCCAAGCUGCUGCCGCUGCCGCGGCGCCGUCCAAGCGCCGUGCGAACGCCAACUCGGCGAUUGGCGCGGUCAACGUCGCCGACCAGUUCAAGACGCAGCUCGCCGAACUCCUCAGCACGAUCGAGACCACGUGCCCGCACUACGUGCGCUGCAUCAAGCCCAACGACGCCAACGCCCCCGGCGCCCUCCACCGGCCGCGUACCGUCGAGCAGCUUCGAAGCGGCGGCGUCCUUGAAGCCGUCAAGGUGGCCCGCGCCGGGUUCCCCGUCCGCCUCACCCACAAGGAGUUUUUGCACAGCUACGGCAGCCUCGUCGCGCGCAUUCGCGUGCCUGAGAUCGCGGCCUACACGCAAGCUCACGAGCUAUUGAUGCUGCCCGAGUUUGUACUCGUGGUCGACGCGCUCCAAUCGUCGACCGCGCCCCGGCCGCUCAACCACCAGCACAUUAGUCUCGGGAAGACGCGCGUUUUUAUGCGCCGACGCGCGUUCGAAGACCUCGAGACGCUCAAGCGCCGCGUGUUUUCCCACGCCGCGAUCCACGCCCAGCGCAUCUACCGCGGCAGCGUCGCGCGGCGGGCGUAUCUGGCGCUCCGGGCCGCCGCGCUCGUUGCCCAGUGUGCGUACCGGUGCUACGUGGCGCGCGUCGAGCGUCGAGCUCGGACAGAAGCCCGCGCGUGCCUUCGCAUUCAGACGUGGGCGCGCAUGCACAUGGCGCGGCGCCAGUACCAGAGCUUUCGCCGCGCGCUGCUCAAGCUGCAGUCCAAGCACCGCCAGUUGGCGGCCAAGGUCGUGGUCCAGUUCAUGCGCGAGACCAAGAUGGCUACCAUUGUGCAAAAGCACGUGCGACGGUGGCUGUGCCGCUCGACCUAUCUUCGCUCGCGUCGGCGCAUCAUCCGCCUCCAGUGUCAAUGGCGCCGCCGCGUCGCGAUGCGGACGCUCCUCGAGCUGCGGCGCGAGCUGCGCAACGUCCACACGCUCCAGGCCGACAAGAAGAAGCUCCAGGAUCAGCUCAAGAAGGUCGAGUCGGAGCUCGCGCAAAAGGCCGCGCUGGAAGAAGCCAACCGCAAGAUGCAAGCCGAGCUCGAGGUCAUGAAGGUGACGCUGGCGCGCGUUCGGUCGGCAAGCGAGAUUUCGUUUGUCGACGACUUGGUGCCGCACAAUCCUGCGACCGACUUGCCGGCCGUGAGCCCCGGUCGGCCACGUCUCCACCGACCACGACGACCACCGGUCGGGAAGGCACGCGCCAACUCGACGGCGUCGACGGUCUCGACGUCGUCGACCUCGACGCGCGAGUCGCUCGUCCGCGCGCAUCAGUUUGCCAACGACUUUGACGAAGGCAUCCGCCAUCGGCGCCCGAGCGACGCCAAGACGCGCCUUGACAUGUCGUUUGGCUUCUCGGACCUUGUAAACACGGUCGUGCAGGUCACGAGCAGCAUUUUUGAGAGCCCCGAGGCGUCCUCGUCGUCGUCCGUCAAGCCCGUGCCGCCGUCGCCCAUGAGCAACAAGUCGCCCGUGGGCCGGCCGCCGCUGCCAAAGGGCCGGACGCUCUCGACGGACCUCGGAACGAUGACGACGCUGAACGAGAACCAGGAAGAGUACCGAUACGAAGACAUGCUGCGCGAGCACGGUAUGCUUCAGAACGACGAGCCCGACGUGCUCGAAGCCCAGCAGCGCCUCGAGCAACGCUUCCGCACCAUGAGCUCGAGCCGACGCCGCUGUGACUCGAGCUUCUCGGUUGCGUCGUCCUUCUCUGGCAACGUGGCGCGUUGGAGCAAAGACUCGCGCUGCAAGGAGUGCAACUGCGAGUUUUCGCUCUUCGUGCGCCGCCACCACUGCCGGCAGUGUGGAUUCUCCUUCUGCUUUGAACACUCGUCGCGCCGCGUACCGCUGCCAUCGCAAGGGUAUAAGGACCCCGUCCGUGUCUGUGACGACUGCUUCGAGUGGGUGAGCAACUUUAACGAGCAAAUGAUGCUGCUGGGCGACCACGAAAUCGACGAUGCAUAAGCCCGUGACGGCGCUAUAAUACACUAUAUCUAUUCUCACGCCA